AUGUCGUGUGCAGUGCGCGUCGGCGUGAUAGUCGACCAAGAUCUAGCCAGUUUCUCCAAGCUCAAAGUCACUCUCGCCACAUGCUUGUCGGUAAUAAUCCGGGGCGAGCGAGCCGCUAGGCUGCAACAGCUGUCCGAUGAACAAGAUGCUCUGCUCGCGGGGGUGAUUCGUGGGCGCAGCGGAACAUCUGGUCAUAGCAGCAAGAAUAGUGGACUUUUGGCUGUGGACGAGUCCGUUUGCUCGAAUAAACUUGGUAAACUGAGUCGGGCAGUGAAAGUCGGUGGGAAUGCGUUCACUUGUGAAGCGCUAGUGGAAUCGAAACGCGAACAGGGCCAGACGACUAGGACCAGCCGCAACAUUGGCGCGCGUGUGUCUGGCGAGACGAGAGGUAGUGUGCAAACAGGCGCCGAAUCGUGA